CUCCCGUAUCGUCGAAUGCGUUUCUGUCUGGCGUCAGCGCUUCACUAGAUCUUCUCAUGAUCUAGUUCGCAAGGUGCCAUUGAAACAUGCUCGUCCAUCGCCAGGAUUAACGCUGCGCUACCCUGCCCCAGUGAACAUCGACCUCUAGCAUCUCGAAUUGCUGCGCACUGUGUUAUAUUAGGCAAGUCUUCACACUUUGUAUUACAUUAUAAAUGUGGACGGCUCCGUUCGUUUCCAUCAGACACGAGGCAACUCGUUUGUCUAAACGGCAUCUCAAUCUAUUCUACGAAACAGUCGACCAAUUGACAUCUUCUUCGCGUGUUGCUCGAUACUUAGACUUGAAGCGGAAUUCCGUCAAUCUGGGCGCUUUGUAUACACCCAACAAAGACUCCAUAGGAGGUUGGGCCUAUAUGCAAGACGGGUCAAUCUACAUUCAAGCUUCUGGAUAUGUUUCACACGAGGUAUUCGAGAACCACAUGCGCAGGGCGCAAUCGUAUUUUGAAGUCUCCAAGAGAUCAGGAGACUCAAGUCGCAACCCAGAAGCUCGGAAGCAAAUAAUUAUUCAACUCAUAUUUCCGUCUUCCAGCCAGACUUUAAUUCACCACCGCUGGGCUAAAGACCGUGAGGAAUUUUUCAAUAAGAGAUUCGUGAAACUUGACCCAACUUCCCAUGUCUUACCGGGUUCGCCCGUCAGUUUGCGUAGCAUGAAGCCUCUGGUGUAUCGAGCAUUAGAGACCUUCAGGGGAACGCUCAUAGACGGAAAACUACAGCCCAAUGUACGACUAGGCAAUGGACUUGUCGGCUUGUACACAGGCGAACCAAAGAUCAUGAUCCCAUAUCCCGCGAAGACAACUAUGGCUAGCAGAAGGUUACUUGUACAACAAUCCAAGACCGCGCGAGUGGCCCUUCAAAAUGCCAGAGAACAGGAACUUGAAUUACGAGAACAAAAUCUACAUCUUAGUCUUGAGAAUUUUCGUCAAACAUCAAAGGCUGCGCGGGUGGCCCUUGAAAAUGCUAGAAAACAGAAACGAGUAGCUCUUAAAAAUGCCAGAGAACAGCAACUCGAAUUACAAGAACAAAAUCUACAUCUGAGAGUUGAGAAUGUUCGUCAAAAAUCGAUGCUCGAAGGUCAAAACGAGACGAUUGGGAAGCAAAAGAGACAAAGGAUGGGUCGCAAUGAUAACACGAAACGUCGAGCCCUUCCAACGGUAGAAUCUCUGGAAGAACUUGGCUAUAAGAUGGAGGAGGGCCAUCUAGAUCCGCCGAGCGACGACACUUUAGAUCUCUAUGGCUCCCAAACCCCUCGAUCACUUUCGAGGAUAAGGGAACGCCAUUUAAACAGAUGAGAUUCUCGCCAUCUCCCACGCUUCAACCUUUCGUUUCUCUGGGAGCUUGGAAAUUCACUUACAGGCAGGAACCAUGUUGUCAGGAUGAUGUCC